CUGAUUUUCAUACUUUCAUAGAGAAGCUGGUACUCUGGCUUUCUAAUAAGAGGACAUGCAUGUUACUCCUCCCUGUCUUCAGCAGUGGUUUUCAAAAUCAGCAGAAGCUCUUAAAACAGAAAUGACCAGCUAAGAAAAUCCUCAUAAAUGAUGGCUGCAGCUUCAGCUGACUUACUGACCAUUCCUCCACACAAAGCCUCCUGGAGUAACCAAACCCACCUAGCCACAAACGCCUCCGAAAUUCAAAACAACACCAACUGUUUCUUAGAAGAUGAUGCGCUAUCAUCUGCUUUAAUACUUUUUUACUCGGUCAUUUUUGUUGUUGGAUUGGCUGGAAAUGUUAUAGCCCUGUUUGCUUUCCUGUGCAUUCACCAGAAGAGGAAUUCCAUCCAAGUUUACUUGCUAAAUGUGGCCAUUGCAGACCUUCUGCUGAUCUUCUGUCUUCCCUUCCGAAUACUGUACCACGUUAACAAUAACACCUGGACGUUUGGACAUAUUUUAUGCAAGAUUGUAGGAACUCUAUUUUACAUGAACAUGUACAUUAGCAUAGUACUGUUGGGACUCAUUAGUCUAGAUCGUUACGUAAAAAUAACUAAGUCUGUAAAGCGUCCUAAAAUGAUAACUGCUACCCAAAGUAUAUAUAUUUGUUGCGCUGUGUGGGCACUUGCACUAACAGGAUUUCUAGUAGUAGUUGUACCAUCUUUCUUUAAGAGUGAGGUCAGAAAUUCUACUAGGUGCUUUCAUUACCGAACUAAAAAGAAUGCAAUGACAGAAGCAGUUUUAAAUUACAUUAUUGUCAUAAUCUUUUGGACAGUUUUUUUCCUUUUGAUACUUUCAUAUGUUAAAAUUGCCAAGAACCUUCUGAAAAUCUCAAGAAGAAGAUCUAAUUUUCCCAAUGCAGCAAAAUAUACCCAGACAGCAAGGAAUUCCUUUAUUGUACUAAUUAUUUUCACUAUCUGUUUUGUUCCAUACCACAUCUUCCGAUUUGUCUACAUUACAUCACAGUUACAAAAUCCACCUUGUUAUUGGAGGGGAAUCAUUCACAGAAGCAAUGAGGUGAUGCUCAUAUUUUCAUCUUUUAACAGUUGCUUAGACCCAGUUAUGUAUUUCCUGAUGUCCAGAAGUGUCCGUAAGACUGUAUUCCAACUUAUUUGUAGAAGAAUUCAUGGAGAUUCAAGCAUAACUCUGGAAAGUACUUCAGAAAUAAAACUUGGACAAUAUACACAAGAGCGAUUUUCUACUACCACUCCCCACUCAAGUUCUGUUAAGAAGAAGUCUGAUCUGAUUAAGUAAAUGGGUAACAGCUUCUCUCUUUGUCACUCUAGGACAUCAACUCAAGAUGCACCAAAUGCAGUACUGUAUGGCUACUAAUCCUGCCUCAUUCUUCCUGUUAAAAAACGAGAAGUUUUACUUCUGUUUGUGAAAAUGAGAAGUGACUUUUCUGAAGUACUCCACGGUUGUUUAUCCAAGAAAACAAAACAGGAAACGUCCUUAAGUUUAUCUCAGAUACCUUCUGUGGGACUAAUGUAGAACACUAACUCUUUGAGGAGAUUUCUACAAAGUGGUUUGCGCCUGUAUAGACAUAAAUAUUACCAAUCUGUGUAUGUAAACAGCAGAUGAAUUUUCUGAAAGUAAUGUGCCCUAUUCAAAAGAGCUAUACGAAUCAUUAAAGGUUUUAUGUACUUCUCGAUUUUAAUAGGCUUCAAAGAGAUCAGCAUUUUACAGAACUCUUUUUUUGCAUGAAAAUACUUGAGUAUUUAGCAACAUAAGUGGCUUAAACAUGAGGUGAAGAACAUGACUGCCACUGAUUCAGUUAUAAUUAUAGAAGGCACACUUUAUUAAAUAUCAAAGUUAAAAUAUACAAACCUCCUAAACAUUUUAUUAUAUUUUCAACAUUUUAAUGAAUGUUGACACUGAAUACUUGAGGAAAAGUAGCAAUGGCUAAGAAAAUUAGAAAUUCAUGAAGGAGAGAAAACAUACGGGUAUUUUCAGUUAGCUAAGAUUUCCUUCAUAUUCAUAUAACUGAACAAAUUUGGUGACUUCAGCUACCCAGAGUAUUUCAACAAGGAAAAUGCUCACCAAACUGAGCAUAUAGAGCAGAAUAUAUAUAUAUAUAUAUAUAAUUGUAAAUAAUACAUAUAUAAGUAUAUAUAUAUAGAGAGAAAGUAGUUCUCUUGCACAUUGGAAGCAUCAGCUUUGACCUUUGCUUAAGGUCAGUCAACUAGUCUACUUACCCGUUCAUGUAUUUAUAAACUAGAAUUUCAAACUGUAAAGUUGUAUAGAACAAAAGAGGGCUGAAGGUGGUUGUUAGACACAAAGACAUGCAAAGAGGCACCUAUACAGAGAACAAUUUAAAUGUCUAGCCAGAAAGGUGAACAGAUUAGAUACCAGACGGUAGCUCUACAAAAUAAGGAUCUAUUAUGUCAAACAAGCAAUAUUGCUCAGGUUGAUUUUGAUAUUGAUUUUAAUAUUGAUCAGUAUUUUGAUAUUGAUUUUAAUAUGACUCAGAAACUUCUCUGGUGGAUCGUGUGACUUCUUAUACCUAAUCUAUGUCAAAACUUUCAGUUUUUUUUUUUUUUUUUUUUAUUAAUCCUGUACAAUAUUCUGAUUUUAUAGAAACUACUCAUAAAACUCUUACUGAACAAAGAAAACAUAACAAUUCACCUCUCCUAGAUAUAAUUGUGGUUUAAUUUUUAUGUGAUUUUACUUCAGUUUUGGUGUCCCUGUUUCAGCUAGGAUAGAGUUAAUUUUCUUAAACAGUAGCUGGCAUGGUGCUAUGCUUUGGAUUUAGGAUGAGAAUAAUGCUGAUAACACCCUGAUGUUUCAGUUGUUGCAGAGCAGCAUUUGCACAGAGCCAAGGACUUUUUGGCUUCUCACGCUGCCCUGCCAAGGAGCUGGGAGGGGACACAAAAGGGACAGCUGGCCCAAAGUAGUCAGAAGGAGAAGAGGUGAUGUUUGGAGUGAUGGCAUUUGUCUUCCAAGUAACAGCUGCUUUCCUAGAAGUGGCUAAACAUCUGCCUGCCAAUGGGAAGCAGUGCAUGAAUCCUUUGCGUUGGUUUGCUUGUGCAGCUUUUUUUUUUUCCCCCCAGUUAAACUGUCUAUAUCUCAACCCACACAUUCUUGCUCUUUUACCUUCCCCGUUCUCUCCCCCAGCCUGCUGCGGGGGAGUGUGUAAGUGGUUAUGUGGGGGCUAAGCUGCCUGCUGUGUGAAACCACAACAUUUGGUUCAAGUGGAUGUAAACAGGUUAACUCAGGUACAAUGACUAGGCUGUGUGUUUUAUUUUAUGUAUACACACAUAUAUAUAUAUUUACAAAAAAAGGGCAGGGUUUCUUAAUUUUCAAGAGAGUGUUCUAUUUAAACAAGAAUUUUCAUCAAAAGGAUUGCAAUUCAUGGACACUGCACUACUGAAAAAAAAAUAGUAUUCUGGAUAUGCUUUGGUAAAUAAUGUAACAUUUACUUGGUUACUACAACCUUAUUUUGUAAGCAAUUCAUGAAAAGACAACAGGAAAAUGUCAAUCCUAUAGCGCAAGUUCAUGAUUGUGGUCCGUUAUGUGAAUACUAUUAUAUAGGCUUGUUUUUAACUUUUUUUUUUAACAGUGAAAGUUGUUAAAAAUUUUCUUCCAGAGGAAAGCCAUAAACACACAUACGUACUUGCACUGAUUAAGUGGGUUCUACAUGACAGCCACUCUCUACAGAUUACAGAGAAGGAGCACUACAGAAGCCACAUACAGUAUUAACAGAUGUUUUUACAGAAAUAAAUAAUAACUUAGAAAAAAUACUGAGUAACGCUUUCCUAGGACCACAUGCCACAAACUACAAGGUUUCAAAAGCAUUUCAAUAGACGAUCAUCUAUCGCUUUCAUUAGCCACUGCACACGAGUAAUGAAAAACAAAUGUUACCCAAAUAUUUGAGAGAUUUCAGGAGGUAUAGUUUAGUUGUUUGCAUUGGGCCAAGCCAUAGCACCAACAAAUAAAGUUAGUCAAACUCGGGUGUAUAAGAUACCCAGGGAAAAAUGAAGAGAUUUGUUUGAUGGAAGUCAUGCACCAGAAAAUCAGUUACAGAGGUGCUGUUAGAGAGGAGCUAGCAGAGGAGCCCUCUGAGGAGCUGAGAAACUCUGGGAUAAAGGCGAUACAAUGUAAGUGGACUCUAGCAAGAUCACUUACUAAAGGGUCAAAAGAAACCUGGUAUGUUAGAUGUUAAUUCUUGCUUUGGAACUCGUUGAAAUUUGGAAAUAAAGCUUAAAAAGUA